AUGCGUCUCGCCGUCCUCGCUCUCGUCGCGGUGCGCGCCGCCGCGUUCUCGCUCCGCGUGCUCCACGUCAACGACCACCACUCGCACAUCGAAGCGAGCGCCUACUCCUUCCUGACGACGAUCGAGGAGGACAUCGCCUACGGCGGGUGGGCGCUCAUGGUGAGCGCCUUCGCGGCGCUCGCCGGCGACGGCGAGAACGUGCUCAAGGUGCACGCGGGCGACGCGAUCACGGGCACGAGCUACUACUCGCUCUUCGACGGCGCGCCCGACGCGGCGGUCAUGAACCAGGUCUGCUUCGACGCGUUCGCGGUCGGGAAUCACGAGUUCGACGACGGCGACGCCGCGCUCGCGGACUUCCUCGACCUGCUGGCGGGCGACGGGGCGUGCGGCACGGCCGUCCUCGGCGCGAACGUCGCGCCCGGCCCCGACUCGCCCCUCGAGGGGCGCCUCGCGAGCUACGUCGUCAAGGCGUACGGCGACGACGCCGUCGGCGUCAUCGGCGUCGACGUCGCGGGCAAGACGAUGGCGUCGUCGAACCCGGACGCGGGCACGACGCUCACGGACGAGGUCGCGGCGGUCGAAGCGGCGGUCGCGGAGCUCGAGGCGCAGGGCGUCGACAAGAUCGUCGUCGUGAGCCACGUCGGCUACGACUUCGACGUCGAGCACCUCGCGACGCUGCGCGGCGUCGACGUCGUCGUCGGCGGCGACUCGCACUCGCUGCUCAUGCCGGGCGCCUUCGACGCGACGUGGACGCUGGGCACGGCCGGCGAGUACCCCACGGUCGUCGAGAACGGCGACGGGGACCCGGCGUGCGUCGUCCAGGCCUGGCAGUACGCGGGCGUCGUCGGCGACCUCCGCGUGGACUUCGACGCGGGCGGCGUCGUGGCGGCGUGCGAGGGCGGGCCCGUCUUCCCCGUCGACGAAGCGACGGACGACGCGGUCCUCGCGGCGCUCGACGCGGCCUACCCGUCGGGCUUCCUGCGCGUCGCGGCCGACGCGGCGACGGCGGCGGCCGUCGGCGAGUACGAGGCGCAGAUCGCGGCCUCGUACGGCGCCGUCGUCGCGACCUUCGACGACGCCGUCUGCCUCGACCGGUUCCCGGGCGAGGGCCGGUCCGCGACCUGCGACCUCGCCGCGACGUGGACGCGCGGCGGCGGCGUCUGCAACCUCGUCGCGACGUCGUUCCUCGCGCUCGCCCGCGAGGCGGACGUCGCGGUGCAGAACGGCGGCGGCUGCCGCGUCGACAUCGCCGCGGGCGACUUCACCAUCGAGGACGGCUACGAGGUCCUGCCCUUCUCGAACACGAUCGUCACGCUGGACCUCACCGGGGCGCAGCUCGUCGACGUCCUCGAGGAGGCGCUCGCGCAGCCCCUCGACGACGGCGGCUCGACGGGGUCCUACCCCUACGCGGCGGGGCUCCGCUUCGCCGUCGACGCGUCGCGGCCGCGCGGGUCGCGCGUCAGCGGCGUCGAGGUCAACGCGCGCCUCGCGGGCGCCUGGGCGCCCGUCGACGCCGCCGCCGUCUACGCGGUCGCGACGAACGACUACAUCGGGGGCGGCAAGGACGGCUACCACACCUUCGGCGCGCUCGAGAGCGCCGACACGUUCCUCCUCUACACGCAGUCCUUCCUCGACUACCUCGAGGACAUCGACGGGCCCGUGCCGGCCCCCGACGAGGCCGACUUCUCGACGACGUCCUUCACCGACGCGGCCGGCUGCCUCCACACGUCGGCCAACGUCGGCGCGUGCGCGCCCGCCGAGGACGAGCCCCCCGCCGCCGAGGAGGCGGACGACGGCGCCGGCGCGUGCUUCUCGGCGCCGGGCGAGGCCCUCCGCGAGGCCUGCGCCUGCGACGCGACCUGCGCGACCUGCGGCUACGACGCGACCGCGUCGGACUCGGUCACGGGCCCCGACGACUGCAUCACGUGCCUCGCCGUCGGCGACUGCGUCACCGCGAUCUACGACGACGGCACGGGGUCCUGCGCGCCGUGCGAGUCCGACGGCGCCGCGGCGCGCGGCGCGGCCGCGGCCGUCGCGGCCGUCGCGGCCGCGGUCGCGCUCCUCUAG